UCUUCCCGCGAAACCCAAUUUUUCCUUCUCCCACCCUUUUUUGCUCCCACUCUCCUAACAUUGUAACUGCUUUGUUCUUUGAAUUUCUUCAUUGAUUGCUGUUGUCCGUCAUUCUGCCUCGCGUUAGUGUUGCUGCUGCUGUUAGCGGGCGCGUGUUGAAGCUGCUGUUCCUGUGAAGCAUUCGGGUUCAGGUUUGGGUUCCUCUUGCUGCUGCUGUUCACGUCAUUGCUGCUGCUGUUCGCGUUCAGAGUGGCAGCUGUGCUUUUAUACAAAAAGGCACAGAUGGAACUAUUAAGACUAGAAGGCUAAAAGUUAAAGAAAUGGAUAAUUUAACUAGAGAUGAGCAAGUUGUAGUAAACUUUGAAGAUCAACAAGCUAUUGGGGAAAGCCAAGGUUUACUUGCUGGAUAUUUAGGGACAUUAGCAGUUGAUUGUAAGUUAUUUCCAAUCAACUUCUCAAAGUGGUCAGGACCUCUAGGUAUACCUCGAUCUAGGUUUGAAGAGUGUUUUAGUAACUUGCUGAAGCCAAAAUUUCAUUUCAAAAUUUCUGAGGGCAUUGCAAAGCGAUAUUGCAAAUUGAGCCUUGCAAAAAAGUGGUCACAACAUAGAAUUAAGUUGUGGAAUGAGUUCUAUGAUCCAUGUAUGAGUAGACAAGCAAUCAUUGAUAAUGUCCCAGUUGGCAUCGACAGAGAUCAAUGGACAUCCUUCAUUCAAUAUCGGUUUCUACCUUCUACAAUGGAGAUGUGUAAGAGAAACAAAGAAGUUCGCAAGAAGCAAACAAUUCCCCAUACUGGUGGCUCAAAACCCAUCUCAAGGAAAAGACAUGAAAUAGAACAAAUUGAACUACUUAUGACUCAAAAUGAGAAAGAUGAAUCUGGACCAUCCACAAAUGAUGCUAUUGGCAAAGUCUUUGGGGAGGAACAUUCUGGUAGGGUGCGAUGCUUGGGAAUGGGAGCUACACCUACUAAUACUUUCAGAGGUGCCAAUCAUCCUGGCCAGUUUGCUAAUUCUUCAAUUUCAAUGUCUUCUACCAAUUACUCCCAAGCUGAUUUUAAACGUUUAGAGUCUAAAUUUGAUGGGACAUUGACUACACUAAAGGCUUAUUUCCUUUCUAAAGAAGGAAGAAUUCCUGCUGAACUUAUUAGUAUAUUUGACCACGGAGCUCAGGCUAAUGAUGUUGAGAAUGAAAUUAUUACACCAGCAACAGGAAGAGCAUCAUCAUCAGGUGGAAGCAAUGAAAAUUGUGAAGACAUUGUUUAGUGUUAUUUGAAAGACUAAGUAGUUGUGAAUUCUUUUUUUUUUUUUAGGAUAUUAUGUUAGAUUUUAUUUACUAAACAAACUUAUUCAAAUAGUG